UGUGUGGUUGUAUAGCGUUUAAUUUAGAAAUGAAAAAUAAAUAGAGUGAUUACGAUAAUAUAGUGAAAAGAUAACUGUUUAGAACACUACUACUCUUAAGUUGUGCUCGUUGAGUCAUGGAAUCAUUGUCUAAUGUGGAUGUCAGUGAUGAAGAAGAGGAAAUAACAGCUGACAUUGUUUUGAAAACUCUCCAGACGGCAUGGCAGAAUGAAUGUUUGGCGCCAGAAAUAUUACCUCAUAACAAUGAUAUGGUCGAAUGUAUGCUUGGACAAAUACAGCAUAUGGAACGAAAUAUUAACAAACUACCGAAAACCGACAUACGAGCCUCAAUUCAUAAAAUGGAACUUAGUCGAAUUAAGUUUAUUAUAUGUAAUUACUUAAGAACUAGGCUUAACAAAAUUGAAAAAUAUUGUAUUAGUAUUUUAAAUGAUGAAAGACAGAGAAUGGAAACUGGGACAAAUUACCUAACAGUAGGAGAAUUUAAGUAUGCUCAGGAAUAUCUUUUGAAUAUGGAGACUCAUUUAAAAAAUGUAGUUUUAGAUAAAAUGCCAGGUAAUAUGAAAACCUUAGAAAUGAAUAAAAUGGCUGUCUACCCUAACUUGCAAACUCAUGUGUUCUUAAAAGCAAACAGUACAAUAAGCGGAGUUGUAUUAGAGGAUUUGGUAGGAGACCAAGAUGAAGAAAUUGAUCUUGAAGAAGGGUCGCAGCACAUUCUUCAAUACAAACCUAUAGCUGAUUUAGUGAAAAAUGGAAAGGUCCAAUUGGUGUGAUAAACAAGAGUCUAACUAGAAUAAGAUUUAAGAAACAUCUUAAGCAACAUAUACAAGCAGUUAUCUUAUUCAUUUUAAGGAAGAUAAAGAAAAAUAUUCUUAGCUGACUAUCAGCCAGUUGCACAAAUGACCAUUAAAACUUACAUUAGUUUAAAG